UAUUGUAUAAUUUUACCUUAUUCAUUUUAACACAAAUUCAUUGUAGGUAGGGUCAAAUUGAGUAACGCUCAGGUACUCCGUACUCCAAAAGAGUUAAGGCACCGUUAUCUUUCCGUCACUAUCGGCGAGGGGCAACCUCCUCCGCCGGAAUGGUCACCGUCUCCCUCCUGAUCCACUGGUUCAUUCUCUUCAACUCUUCUUUUCGUCUACAUACCCAUGUCGCUCUCCUCUGCUGGUUGACCUACCAGAAAUAUCCCUAGAGAAUCAUGCAUCCUCCGUGAACAUCACAGUCAAGUAUCUCAUACAACCCAUACAAAUCUAGACAGCACUCUUACGCCUUUACACCCCCAGCAUUCGACAUUGUCAUCUUCUCCGCCACUCCUCAACUGCCCGAAACCCCCGUGAAGAACGGUGACAUCGCACCGUUUUUACGGCCCAGCUCGCUGCGGUAGCUGGGUCGUCAUCGGAAACUUGCUAUCAAAUCCAUAGAGCAGUAAAAGGGAACGGGAUCCCCACCGUUCGUUUCAGAUCCAUCUCUCGCAUCCCCAACACGAACGCGUUACGUUAUGGAGCCCCGCAAAACCCCUCCGGAGUACUUCCUGGAGAUCUUUGCAGACACCACCACCGUCCGGGACGUCUUAAAAGGUGUUCUCAACCUAAUCUUCUUUCACCGUUACUUUCCCUCUAUCCGACCGACUACCUUUGAUGUCCUAGACUUUACUCUCCCCGCUAUUAACGAUGAAGACCUUGAGACUCUGAUUGAGUCGCGUAUCAGCGCCCUAGUCCGCCAGCACUCCUCGUCUGCCGCUAGUGCCCAUGAAGGGGGCGGCGGUGUGCGCGGUCGGAUCGCAGUAGAGUUCUACGAGAAGAAGCGCAGGCGCUCCGGAAUCUGGUUUGGCGGACUUGCUGGAAAAGGCGAGGAAGAAGUAUGUUGGGAGGUGUGGAAUCUGGAUGUGACAAUCGCCACUCCACGAACAGAAUCAGAACGCGCCAAAGUGCGCAAGGCGAUGGAGAAUAUGCUUCAAAAGGCAGCCUUGAAGAUUCUCGCCGUAGUCAACCGAGAAAAGGAUCAUAUUCCGCCCAUCACGACAAGCGAUUCCAACCCAUUUCCUUACAGGAUUGUCCUAAACCCCCGGUCAGAUGGCUGGCAGAAUCGUUUUGGACUAUACUGAUUUAAAAAAUCAUUACAUUUGUAAGGUUUCGCUGGGUCGCAGUGCCUGUUCUUUUCCUCUUUUCUCUUCUUCUCUUUCUCCAAAGAUAUGCGCAGCUUGCAUCCUUAUCUGUAUAUCCGGAGUUGUGGAGUAACGGUUCGAUGUUAAUUUCAUGCUCCGACGCUGGGGGUUUUUUGCAACCUGUCUUCCCGUGUAUUUUUACGUUCCACUGGCUCAUAAUCCUUGUACUGUUCGAGAUUCAACAAGCACGGAUGCUAACACAUCUUGCGGGGAAGGACCCGGAAUUGAAACAAAUCAAAUGGUGCGUCAGA